AUGAAAGUGAUCACCAUAUACCUGCUAAUACUGGCAUUAAUUGGCGGAACGGAGUCUCUUAACGCCAAAUCGGGGGAGAAAUCGAUAAAAAGGUUUUUUAAAAAGGCCAAAAACAGGGUGAAGGGGGAGUGGGAGUUCGAAAAGGCCAAGGUGAACGCCAAUGUAAGGGCCAACAAGGAAGCUGAGAAGCAUCGCCGGAAGGUGCUCAAGGACGAGCUGAGCAAGAUUAAGCGUGAGGAGUUUUUCGACCAGAAUUACGGGAAGGGCGAUUUGGAGUCUGGCAAGAAGUACCACUUGGUUGGAAGCUCGGACGUGCGGGCGCCAUCUCAUCAUACGCACAAGGUCGACGACAGUGAACUGAAGGCUCUCCAGCUUGAAUUAGAGAAGAAGGUCGUCGGCGACAUAGACCAGUUUGUUCAGGCUGUUGGAGCGUAUUAG